UUAGUUUUUGAAAGAGAACCUAUAUGGGAUUCUACAAGCAAAAAACACCAUAAUAGAGAUAUAACCAGGAAAUUGUGGCAGGAAAUUGAAAAAGAAAUGCAGGUCAAAGGUGACAUUUUAAAGACUAAAUGGGCAAGUUUGAGAGAUACAUUUAGGAAAGAAUUUAAAAAAUUAAAACGUCCCACAGGAUCAGGAUUAGAAGAAGAAGCUGUUGAAUCUCAGUGGAAAUAUUUUGAGUCGUUAUAUUUUUUAAAGGAUAAUAUAACUCCUAGAAAAAUGGUGGGAAACAUAGUAGAACAAUCAAAAACUCAUAUUGAUGAACAAGAGAGCUUUCCAAAUUCACCAUGUAAUUCGUCCAUUGAUGUCGUGAAUGAUUUUGAUGAAACAAGUUUUUCUGAAAAACAUACUGAAAAUCCAUCGUCUGGUAUUUUAUCUUUUGAAGAAGGACCAUCAUCAAAAAAAAAGAAGGGAAGAAAUGAUGUGAUGCAAGAUUUACUAGCAAUCGAAAAACAAAAACUUCUACAGUUCAAUACGAUACAGGCAAAUUCACAAAAAAAAAAAAAUGAUGAAGAUGAAGAUUUUUAUUUCCUUAUGAGUUUGUUGCCUCAUUUAAGAGAAAUACCAAAACACAGAAAGUUAGCUGUAAGGCUUAAACUUCAAAAUGUUGUAAUGGCAGAACAAACUGAAAAUACCACUGGAUCAAGUAAUACUUUUACUCCUUCAACAUUCUUUGUCAAUUCAUCGAUUCCCUCAUACUAUAUGAAUCAGCCCGAAUAUUCUUCAUCAAAUUGCCAGUCUAAUAUUAAGAACACUAUUCCUUGUGGUCAAACAAACUUAAAUCCUACAGCUGUAGAUAAUACAUGUUUAUCUUCUUGGCAAAACAUUAAUAACGAAUAAAAAAAAAUGU